AUGAAAAAUGGAAGGCAGACUACCAAUAAUAUUGUAGAUUCUUUACAAUAUCCAUCAAAAGACUCUAAAGCACUUGUCAAAAUGCAGACAUUAAGAGCUAAAUCGUCAAGAAAACCUUUCACAAAAGCAGAACAAAAUUUUGCCCUGAGUUUAUUUUACAAAUCACCAAGUACUUACAAAUUUCUAAGAAAUAAUAAGAAAAUAACUUUACCUGGCAUGUCAACAAUUCGUCGGUGGAUUGGUAAUUCAAAAUUCAGACCGGGAUUUAACUCAGGGCUAUUUCGACAAUUAAAAAAAAAAUGUGAAUCAAUGAGCCAAGAUGAAUUAUACUGCACAUUAAUAUUUGACGAAAUGAAGAUUAAAAACUAUCUUGAAUAUUCUAAGUUUCUAGAUUGCGUUGAGGGGUAUGAAGAUUUGGGAACAAAAGGUCGUACAAAUAAAUUAGCUGGUCAAGCCAUGGUAUUUAUGAUACGUGGUUUGUAUUCAUCAUGGAAAAUGCCUAUUUGUUAUUUUUUACCUGCGACAUCAGUAAAAAAUUGUAUAUUGAGUGAGUUGUUAGUGGAGGUAAUUCAACGGCUAUUAGAUUGUGGAUUUCAUGUUAAAGCUGUAAUAUGUGACCAAGGAACUAACAAUGUAGCAGCACUUAAACUAUUAAAAGUUACAAAAGACAAGCCGUUUUUUGAAGUUAAUGAAAGACGAAUUUAUUCUAUUUUUGAUACUCCACAUUUAUUUAAAAACUUGCGUAAUCAUUUAAAAAAAAGCAAUUUUAUAUUUGAAGGCAAAGAAGCCUCUUUUCAAGACUUGAGAGAUGUUUAUGACAUUGAUAAGAAAAGUUGUACUAGUCGUUCUUUAUUAAAAAUUACUGACAAUCACAUAAACCCAGGGCCAUUUCAAUUGAUGUCAUGUAAAUUAGCUAUGCAACUUUUUAGUAAUACAAUGUCUACUGCUAUAAAAACCAGUGUUUACACCGGUCAGCUGAAGUCUAAAACAGCUAUACAGACAGCUAAUAUGAUAAAAUAUUUCAAUGAUUUACUAGAUGUACUAAAUAGUAUGAGUUUGUACCAUUCCAAUCCAUUUAAAUGUGCUUUAUCCACCGAGAGACCCCAGCAACUAGAAUUUCUUCAAAAAGCAAUAAUAACAUUUGAAAAUUUAAAAAAGAAAAAUUCUACCAACAAAGGGAAAAAAGAAACCAGACCGGUUUGCUUUGAUGGUAUGUGCUGGACCUUGAAUGCUAUUAUACUGCUGUAUAAAGAACAACAAGACAUGGGAUUCCCAUACAUUUUGACUGGACGCCUCAACUCUGAUGUAAUAGAAAACACAUUUUCUAUAUUUAGACAAAGGGGAGGAUAUAAUAGAAAUCCAACUGCAAGAACUUUCCGCACAACAUUUAGAAUUAAUGCAAAAAUGAGUUUAAUGAAACCAUCGAGUUCUUCUAACUGUGAGCCAGACGAUGACAUCCAUUUAAUGACUCACUCUGUAAAUAAUGACAUCCAAAUAGAUGGAGAUAGUAGUGAGUCAACAAUAUCAUCCAAUGAAUCAUCCGAUUCAUGGAAAAUGGACAGCAUUCAGUCAGAGAAAGAAGCGGUGGUUACUUUGGAAAAUUGUUCAAACACAUAUUUUGCUGGUUACCUCGCAAUGAAAACAAUAUUAAAAUUUCCCUGCUCUUAUUGUGAACAGUUAAUGGUGAAGUCUGAUUUUUCAGUUACAAAUAAAUUAGAUUUUUUAAUUUUUUGUAAAAACUAUGAUUCAAAAACGUCUGAAAUGCAUCUGAAAGUACCUACUUAUGAACUGACGCAAUUUAUUAUUUUGGCUCAAAAAAUCCUUGCAGAUAUAGUAGAGAAAAAACCACACAGAAAAAAAAUAGCCCAAUUUGCUGAAAAAAAAAUAAAAACUGAAUUAAUUAGUUUAUUAAAUGUUAAUGAAACUUGUAUUCCACAUAUUGAAUUUUUGAUCAAACAUCUAAUAAUAUGUAAACUUUUUAGAAAUUUUAACUGGAUUUCAAAAAAUAUUAAGCAUGUGAGAGUUGAAAAAUCCCAAAAAAAAUUAAAAAUUCUUAAAAAUAUUUAA